UCCAGAUGUGGCAACCAGAAACCAGCCCAAUGCACUGCUUGCAACAUGCCUUGAUAAUAUUGCCAGUUCUGGCAGUGAUUGGAGGAUGCUUCUUCCUCUGUACAAUCUUUUAUGAAGAGGAUCGGAAAGUAGUUGAACAGGCCCGCACCCCAAGCCCACCACCUGAAUUGAACCUACAGGACAUACUGGUGUACGACUCUGAAGAUCCUGGAUAUGCUGCUCAGCCUUCUCUAGAAUUGGCUCCUGAGUCUCCAGAUUCUGCUGCAGAACUACCUGCUCAGCCCCCAGAUCUUGAUACAUGCAGGUUCUGCUGCUUUCCCUUUCUAGGACUGGCUCCUAAGCUUUCAGAUCCUUCUCCAGAGAUAACAGCUCAGCCUCCAGAUCCUUCUCUAGGACUGGCUCCCGAGCCUCCAGAUCCUGCUCCAGAACUACCUGCUAAGCCUCCAGAUCCUUCUGUAGGACUGGCUCCCGAGCCUCCAGAUCCUGCUACAGAACUACCUGCUGAGUCUCCAGAUCCUGAUACAUGCAGGUCCUGCUGCUUUCGCUUUCCCUUUCCUAGGACUGGCUCCUGAGCUUCCAGAUCCUGCUCCAGAACUACCUUCAUUAAUGAAGCCAUGUUUGCCGUUGU